GCGCACGCGUGGAGGGGAUCGGACGGAGGAGGGCUAGCUGGGGCGCGGGGAGAGGGAGGGAAGAGGGAGAGGGAGAGGGAGGAGAGCGGGCGCGGGCGCGGGCUCGCGGGCGCGGGCGGGAUGAGGGCGGCGGGCGGGGGCGGGCGAGGGCGGGCGCGAGGGAGCGGGCGGGAUCGCAGGCUCGAGGGCGGGCUAGCUGGCGCGGGCGAGGGCGGGCUAGCCGGCUCGCGGGCGCGGGCGCGCGGCUGGAUCGAGGGCGGGGGGGCUGCAGGAUCGGGGGGCGGGCUCGCUCGCCGGCUUCGCGGGAGGGAUCGAGGCGCGGGCGGGCGGGCUCGCGGGCGCGGCUCGGGAGGGCUUCGCGGGCGCGGCCCGGAGGGCUCGUGUAGUAGGGAGAGUAGAGAGGUUAGUAUAGGAGGGAGGUAGUUUAGUAGGUAGAUUAGAUAGUAGAGGACGAUUAGAGAGGGUUAGUUGAGUUAUGUAGUGUAGAGGGGUAUAGAGGGAGUAGUAGGAGUAGUAGGAGGAUAGGUUGGAGGAGUGAGAUAGAUGAGAGGGAGAGGUAGAGGGAGAGGAGGUAGAUUAGAGAUAGAGCGGUUAGAGGGAGAGGGGUAGGUAGGAGAGGGGUUUAGAGGGAGAGGGAAGGAUGUGGGGGAGAGAGGGGAGGAGGGAGGUGAGAGAGGGAGUAGGGGGGGGGGGGGGGAGGAUAGAAGGACGGGAGGGGGGGGUGGGGGGGGGAGGAUGAUGGAGGGAGGGGGGGAGGGGGAGGGAGGGGGGGGGGGAAGGGGGGGGGAGGAGAGAGGGGAAGGAGGGGAAAGGAGGGGAUAGAGGGGAGGGGGGGGAGAGGAUAGGGGAUAGAGAUUAGGGGAUGUGGGAUGGAUUUAGGAGGCUGGGGAUUGGAUAGAUGAUUGAGAUAGGUGAUGAGAUUAGGGAGAUGGGAUGAUUAGAAGGAUAGAGGGAGAGGGAGGAAGUAAGUCUAUCUCGGGACAGGAAUAGUGGAUGAGCUCAAAUUGCCUCACACAGGGGAGGAGGGAGAGGAGAGGAGCAGGAGAAGGAGAGGAGAGGAGGGAGAGGAGAGGAUGAGGAGAGGAGAGGAGAGGAGAGGAGAGGAGAGGAGAGGAGAGGAGGGGCGAGAAGGAGAAGGAGAAGGAACAAGUAGGAGAAGGGAAGAAAGAAGGCGAAGGAGAAGGAGAAGGAGAAGAAGACAGGUGGAACUCUAUACCGGUGAUGAAGCUCUUUCUGGUGUUGGGUCUUCAUGGCCUGCAUAGUAUAUGGGGACCGAGUGGCAGGCUGACAUUAUGGUAUGCUCAGUGUGUGUCCCCGUAGUGAGGGAGUGUGUGCGAGUGUAAUCUUACCAGGCUCAGAGGAUGAGAGGGAUGAUAAAGAGAGAGAGAGAGAGAGAGAGAGAGAGAGAGAGAGAUAUAUAUAAAAAGAGGAGAUUGAAUGAGAGGAUUUACCACCCCUGACUAAGCAAAGCCAUCUUGGUUAGUAUCUCUGCUAUGACACAAGCAUCACUCUGUGAGUUACCGGAGUAUGUACAGUUACCAGAGUAUGUAGAGUUACCAGAGUAGUGAGGCGGAUUGAGCGGACGGGAAAAAAAAUCCCGCUCAUCGGCUCAUGGACAUCCACGCCUUUCCAACCACCCCGCCCAAACACUGCAGCUUCGAAUUCGCUCCUUAAUUAAAAUCACAAUUUAACAAAACACCCAUCUAUUAUUGUGACUACCUGGACCUACCAUUGGUUUAAUAGUUGAAACAUUAAACCAUCUGAUUUGAAAAUAAAAGUAUUUAAAUAAAACAGGAAAAAGCUCAUCAUUUCAAAUAGGCUACAUGUCGAAUAUUAAACGGCAUAUAAACACUUAAAUAGGUAAGGCGCCAGACAGGGAGCAUAAGAAGGAACGAAAGAUGAAUAAUUUAGGCUAUAUUACAGUGCAUUUGGAAGUAUUCAGACCCCUUGACUUUUCUACAUUUGUUACGUUACAGGAAUUAUUCUAAAAUUGAUUAACUAAAUACACACAAUUCCCCAUAAUGACAAAGCGAAACAGGUUUUAGACAUUUUUGCAAAUGUAUUAGAAAUAAAAACAAGAAAAACCUUAUUUACGUAAGUAUUCAGACCCUUGCUAUGAACUCGAAAUUGAGAUUCAGGUGCAUCCUGUUUCAUGAUAUCCUUGAGAUGUUUGAACAACUUGAUUGGUGAGUCAGUCAACCUGUGCGAUAUUCAAUUGAUUGGGACAUGAUUGGGAAAGGCUAUAUCACGGUCUAUAUAAGGUCCAAAAGUUGGAAGUGCAUGUCAGGCAAAAAACAAGCCAUGAGGUCGAUAGAAAUGUCCGUAGAGCUCCGAGGGACAGGAUUGUGUCGAGGCACAGAUCUGGGAAGGGUAGUAAAAAAUGUCGGCCAGCAGUUGAAGAACACCAGAGUGGCCACCAUCAUUCUUUAAAUGGAAGAAGUUUGGAACCACCAAGACUCUUCCUAGAGCUGGCCCCCGGCCAAAUGAGCAAUCGGGGGAGAAGAGCCUUCGUCAGGGAGAGUGACCAAGAACCGAUGGUCACUCGAAGAGCUCCAGAGUUCCUCUGUGGAGAAGGAGAAUCUUCCAGAAGGGACAAAACCAUCUCUGCAGCACUUCACCAAUCAGGCCUUUAUGGUUAGAGUGGCCCACUAGUAAAAUACACCAUGACCCCCCCCGGACCGCUUGGAGAUUUGCCAAAAGGCAACCUAAAGGGACUCUCAGACCAGAGAAACAAGAUUUAUGGUCAGAGAUGAAACCAAUAUUUAAACGCUUUGGCCUGAAUGCAAGCGUCAAGUACUGGAGGAAAUCUGGCACCAUCCCUACGGGGGAUGAAGCAUUGAUGGUGGCAGGCAUCAUGCGUGGGGAUGUUUUUCCAGCAGCAGGGAUGGGAUGCUAGGCAGGAUCGAUGCAAGAUGAACAGAGAAAAAAGUACAGAGAGAUACUUGAUGAAAACAUGCUCAGAGCGCUCAGGGACCUCAGACUGGGGCGGAAGGUUUUCAUCUUCCAAACAGGACAACGACCCGAAGCAAACAGCCAAGAAACUAGGAGUGGCUCGGGACAAGUCUCUGAAUGUCCUUGAGUGGCCCGCCAGAGCCGGAGUCAAACGAUCUAAAAACCAAACAUCUUUGGAGAGACCUGAAAAAUAGCUGUGCAGCGAUUGCUCCCCAUCCAACCUAACAGAGCUGAGAGGAUCUGAAGAGAAUAAAUGUGCAUACAUGUCUAAAAAACCAGUUUUUUUGCUUUGUCAUUAUGGGGUAUUGUGUGUAGUUUAUUGAGGGGGAAAAACAAUUGAAUCCAUUUUAGAAUAAGGUUGUAACGUAACAAAAUGUGGAACAAAAGGAAAAAGUCAAGGGAGUCUAAUACUUUCCGAAUGAACUGUAUGCCUACAAAGAAAUACAUUGUGAAGCACCAGGGCUGGUAGGGACAUAAAGGGUCAGCCAUUAAACAAAUUUAGUUGUAUUAAACAUAUGUCUAUAAAGUGCAAAUAUAGGCGGGUGACUUACUUAGAAUUAAAUACAAAUUAACGGAAAAUGCAUAUUAGUGCCUUUGACUUGAUUCAUUUUUUUUCUAAACAUGAGUUUGGCCAAAGUCUGUGGCUUCAGGGAUCAUGCGAUGGUGCCUGGAGGAAAGCAGGCACAGCAGCGAAGAAGAUCCUAUACUGGCUGGCAGAGCCAUGGGGAUGCUAAACACCCCUUCGGGCCACUUUGCAGGCUGGGCAGAGCUGCAGAGCUCUUGUUUUAUAUUUUUUUAAGGUAUCCUAAAGGGUUAGGUUUUUAGGCUAAAUAACCCAAGAAAAAGGGAAAACCUCAUUGAGUGGGACAAUGCCCAGGCCUAUGGGCCAAACUCACUCAUGGCUAGUGUAUAGAUAAUAGAACAAAAAAUGAACGAAAUAUUUUAGAGAUCUGAUUUUUUGUUUAUAAAGUUUUGCUACAAGACACACUUAACUAACCCACAUCGUUCCUUUUUUUAGCAUGUGCACGUAGUAAGUUCACCAUCAUUGCUUUGGGAUAUGUUGUCUUUCAGAUUACACACUAAUUCACAAGCCACCUCAGCUCCUGCUCUUGGUCUUCAUCUUUGUAAGUUACCUGAUUUUGCACCUGUGUGUUUUAUCAGUUUCUUUAUGAAAAAUAUUAGUGACUCCAUGACAGUAGUAAAGCAAGGGGCUAUAAGCCGCACACAAGUAAGGAGACUAGAAAUGACAUGCGGGCCGGGCAUUCCCAGAGCUCUUGAAGUGAGCGCUUACUGGAGCAGAAUUGGGAGCCGACGCUCCAACCUUUGGACUCUUGGAGAGGAGAGGAGAGGAGAGGGAGAGGAGAGGAGAGGAGAGGAGAGGAGAGGAGAGGAGAGGAGAGGAGAGGAGAGGAGAGGAGAGGAGAGGAGAGGAGAGGAGAGGAGAGGAGAGGAGAGGAGAGGAGAGGGCUGAGAAGGAGAAGGAGAAGGAGAAGGAGAAGGAGAAGAAGGAGAAGGAGAAGGAGAAGAAGCCAGGUGAACUAUAUCCGGUGAAGUCUUUCUGGUGUUGAGGUCUUCAUGGCCCUGCAUAGCUCUAUGGAGACCUGAGUGGCAGGACUGUACAUUAUGGGUAUGCGUCAGUGUGUUGUCCACGCUAGUGGAGGGAGUGUGUGCGAGUGUACUUAUACCAGGCUCAGAGGAUGAGAGGGAGAUAAGAGAGAGAGAGAGAGAGAGAUAUAAAAGAGAGAGAUGAAUGAGAGGAUUUACCACCAUGAAUAGCAAGCCAUCUGGUGAGUAUCUCUGCUAUGACAACAAGCCUCACUCUGUGAGUUACCGGAGUAUGUACAGUUACCAGAGUAUGUAGAGUUACCAGAGUAUGUGAGCGGAGUUGAGCGGACGGAAAUCCCGCUCAUCGCUCAUGGACAUCCACGUCCUUUCCAACCACCCCGCCAAAAACUGCCGCUUCGAAUUCGCUCCAUUAAUUAAAAUCACAAUUUAACAAACACCCAUCUAUUAUUGUGACUACCUGGACCUACCAUUUGGUUUUGAAUAUUGAAACAUAACCAUAUGAUUUGAAAAUAAAAGUAUUUUAAUAAACAUGAAAAAGCUCAUCAUUUCAAAUAGGCUACAUGUCGUAUUAAACAGCAUAUAAACACUAAAUAGGUCAGGAGCCAGACAGGGAGCCUAAGAAGGAACGAAAAUGAAUAAUUUAGGCUAUAUUACAGUGCAUUUGGAAAGUAUUCAGACCCCUUGACUUUUUCUACAUUUUGUUACGUUACAGACUUAUUCUAAAAUUGAUUAAAUAAAUACACACAAUUCCCCAUAAUGACAAAGCGAAAACAGGUUUUUAGACAUUUUUGCAAAUGUAUUAGAAAUAAAAAACAGAAAUACCUUAUUUACGUAAGUAUUCAGACCCUUUGCUAUGAGACUCGAAAUUGAGCUCAGGUGCAUCCUGUUUCCAUUGAUCAUCCUUGAGAUGUUUCUACAACUUGAUUGGAGUCCACCUGUGGUAUAUUCAAUUGAUUGGACAUGAUUUGGAAAGGCUAUAUAAGGUCUAUAUAAGGUCCAACAGUUGACAGUGCAUGUCAGAGCAAAAACCAAGCCAUGAGGUCGAAGGAAAUGUCCGUAGAGCUCCGAGACAGGAUUGUGUCGAGGCACAGAUCUGGGGAAGGGUAGUAAAAAAUGUCUGCAGCAUUGAAGAACACAGUGGCCCCCAUCAUUCUUAAAUGGAAGAAGUUUGGAACCACCAAGACUCUUCCUAGAGCUGGCCGCCCGGCCAAACUGAGCAAUCGGGGGAGAAGAGCCUUAGUCAGGGAGGUGACCAAGAACCCGAUGGUCACUCUGACAGAGCUCCAGAGUUCCUCUGUGGAGAUAGGAGAAUCUUCCAGAAGGACAACCAUCUCUGCAGCACUCCACCAAUCAGGCCUUUAUGGUAGAGUGGCCACUCCUCAGUAAAAUACACAUGACAGCCCGCUUGGAGUUUGCCAAAAGGCACCUAAAGGACUCUCAGACCAUGAGAAACAAGAUUUUCUGGUCAGAUGAAACCAAUAUUUAACUCUUUGGCCUGAAUGCCAAGCGUCAAGUCUGGAGGAAAUCUGGCACCAUCCCUACGGUGAAGCAUGAUGGUGGCAGCAUCAUGCUGUGGGGAUGUUUUUCAGCAGCAGGGACUGGGAUGCUAGGCAGGAUCGAGGCAAAGAUGAACAGAGAAAAGUACAGAGAGAUCCUUGAUGAAAACCUGCUCCAGAGCGCUCAGGACCUCAGACUGGGGGCGAAGGUUCAUCUUCCAACAGGACAACAACCCGAAGCACACAGCCAAGAAAACUCAGGAGUGGCUUCGGGACAAGUCUCUGAAUGUCCUUGAGUGGCCCAGCCAGAGCCCGGACGUCAACCCGAUCUAACAUCUUUGGAGAGACCUGAAAAUAGCUGUGCAGCGAUGCUCCCCAUCCAACCUAACAGAGCUUGAGAGGAUCUGCAGAGAAUAAAUGUGCCUACAUUUCUAAAAACCAGUUUUUGCUUUGUCAUUAUGGGGUAUUGUGUGUAGUUUAUUGAGGGGGGAAAACAAUUUAAUCCAUUUUAGAAUAAGGUUGUAACGUAACAAAAUGUGGAAAAAGUCAAGGAGUCUAAUACUUUCCGAAUGCACUGUAUUAGCCUACAAAGAAAUACAUUGUGAAGCACCAGGCUGGUAGGGACAUAAAGGGCUCAGCAUCUAAACAACAUUUAGUUGUAUUAAAUCAUGAUAGUCUAUAAAUUGCACAUAUAGGCUGUGAUUUACUUAGAAUUAAAUACAAAUUAAACGGAAAAUGCCUUAUUAGUGCCUUUGAAUUCAUUUUUUUCUAAACAUGAGUUUGGCCAAAGUCUGUGGCUUCAGGCUCAUGCGAUGGUGCCUGGAAAGCAGGCCAGCAGCGAAGAAUAUCCUCUCCUGGCUUGCAGAGCCACUGGGGAUGCUAAACACCCUUCGGGCCACUCUUGCCAGGCUGGGCAGAGAUGCAGAGUUUUUUUUUCUAUAUUUUUUUCUAUAGGUAUUCCUAAAGGUUUUUAGGCUAAAUAACCCAAUAAAAAGGGAAACCUCAUUGAAAGUGGGAAUAUGCCAGGCCUACUGGGCCAAAAUCAAUCAUGGCCUAUUGUAUAGAUAAUAGAACAAAAAUGAACGAAAGUUUUAAGAGAUCUGAUUUUUUGUUUAUAAAUGUUUUGCUACAAUGACACACUUAACUACCCACCUCGUUCCUUUAUUUUAGCAUGUGCACGUAGUAAGUACACCAUCAUGCUUUCGGGAUAUGUGUUUUUUCAGAUUACACAAUAAUUCACAGCACUCGCUCUCUUGCUCUUGGUCUUCAUCUUUGUAAGUUACCUUGAUUUUGCACCUGUGUGUUUUAUCAGUUUCUUUAUGAAAAUAUUUAGUGAACUCCAUGACAGUAGCUAAAGCAAGGGGCUAUAGCAGCACACAAGUAGACUAGAAAUGCAUGCUGGGCCGGGCAUUCCCAGAGCUCUUGAAGUGAGCGCUACUGGAGCAGAAUUGGAGCCGACGCUCCAACCUUUGGGAAUCUUGCUCUGCGAGAUUUGUUGCACAAACAUUUUAUUGUCCCCGACCCAUGGUCACUCUGUUAUUGGUUCCCCCUGCAGUGCGAAAACAGGAGAUUAUCAAGAUCACUGAGCAGCUGAUUGAAGCUAUCAACAAUGGAGACUUUGAGGCCUACGCGUGAGUACACUACAACUCUCAGCCUGCACCUCACCAAAGUACUAUAACUCCCAGCCUGCCCAUCACCAUAACACUACAACUCCUAGCCUGCACCUAAUUUUACCCUAAAACUACAGGUGACAUUUUACCUCUCCUGAACUGCGCUGACCUCUGCAAAAAACACCUUUAUACUCUAAAUAUUGUUGCAGGAAUUAUAGCCUGCAGCUCAAAUCACCAUAACACUACAACUCCCAGCCUGCACCUCAUUAUCUCCCUACAACUAUAGAGGUUCUAAACUGAGAUUUCUUGGUUGCUCUUUUAGUCUGAGCUCAGAUGAUGUGUUGUGAAACAAUGUGUUAUGUUGUGAGAAUAUGUGUUGUGUUGUGUUUGUUGUGUUGUGAGACAAUGUGUUGUAAAGUGUUGUGUUCUGUGUUUUCAACAGGAAGAUCUGUGACCCAUGUUUGACGUCAUUUGAGCCAGAGGCCCUGGGGAACCUAGUGGAGGGCAUGGACUUCCACCGGUUCUACUUCGACAACCGUAAGACAACCAUUACACACACUUAAUAAAACCACUACACAACUAUAACACAAUCACUACAUAACUACUACACAACAUUAAGACAACCACUACAUAACUACUACACAACAUUAAGAGAACCACUACACAACCAUUACACAACUAUAGUACAACCUUAAGACAACCACUACCCAACCAUUGCACAACUAUAACAACCUUAAGACAACCACUACACAACCUUAAGACAACCAUUACACAACAAUUAUACAACCAUAAACUAUCUAUUCUCUCCCUUCCCAGUCCUGUCUAAGAACAGUAAACCCAUCCACACCACCAUCCUCAACCCUCACGUCCACCUGAUUGGUGAAGAGGCCGCCUGCAUCGCCUACAUACGCCUCACGCAAUUCGUCGACGGCACCGGCCGCCCAUGCUCCAGCCAAUCAGAGGAGACGAGGGUGUGGCAUCGCCGGGAGAGCAAGUGGCAGAACGUUCACUUCCACUGCUCAGGAGCACCGGCCGCACCGCUGCAGCAGUGAACUGGUACACACACACACACAUACACACACACGCAUACACACACACACAUACACGCAUACACACGCACACAUACACACACACGCAUACACACGCACACAUACACACACAUACACACACACACACAUACACACACACGCAUACACACGCAUACACACACACAUACACACACACGCAUACACACACACACACACACGCAUACACACGCAUACACACACACACAUACACACACACGCAUACACACACACAUACACACACACACAUACACACACACGCAUACACACACACACAUACACGCAUUCACACACCCACAGCCACAUACACACUUCCGAGCUUGACAGUUAUUGUUUGCAGAGUUGCUGUUAAUGUAAACCUAGCAUGCUUUUUUUGUCUUCCAGGAGGAGUGA